AUGUCCACUCUCAACUCCAGCACCCCGUCUCCCACAACCUUCAUCCUCAUCGGCAUCCCAGGGCUGGAAACGGUGCACAUCUGGAUCUCCAUCCCCUUCUGCUCUAUGUAUAUCAUGGCCAUAGUAGGGAACUGUACCAUCCUCUUCAUCAUCAAGACAGAGCCGAGCCUGCACAAGCCCAUGUACCUCUUCCUGUGCAUGCUCUCGGUCACUGACCUGGUCCUGUCCUCGUCCACCCUGCCCAAGAUGCUCAGCAUCUUCUGGUUCGAUGCCCGGCAGAUUGACUUUGGUGCGUGCCUGACCCAGAUGUUCUUCAUUCACUCCUUCACAGCCAUGGAGUCCGGGUUCUUCCUGGCCAUGGCCUAUGACCGCUACAUGGCCAUCUGCAACCCGCUCCGACACGCCACUGUCCUCACAAACGUCAUCAUUGCUAAGAUUGCCCUGGCAGUUGUGGUCAGGGGUGCGGUAUUCUUCUUUCCCCACCCCUUCUUGGUGAGCAGUCUGCCCUUCUGCAAGACCAACAUCAUCUCCCACAGCUACUGCGAGUUCAUGGCACUGGUCAAACUGGCCUGUGCAGACACCACUGCCAGAGGGGCAUACAGCUUGAGCUUAGCAUUCCUCAUCGGGGGCUUUGAUGUGUUCUUCAUCACCCUGUCCUACACACUGAUCCUCUGGACGGUCACCAGCCUGCCCUCCAAGGAGGCUAGCCUCAAGGCCUUCAGCACCUGUAGCUCCCACAUCUGUGUCAUUCUUGUUUUCUACACCACGGCUGUCUUCUCCUUCCUCACCCACCGCUUCGGCCACAACGUGGCUCCACACAUCCACAUCCUCGUUGCCAACAUGUACCUGCUGGUGCCCCCCAUGCUGAACCCUAUCAUCUACGGGGUACGGACCAGGAAGAUCCGGGAGCGGGUGGCACGACUUUUCCUCUGA